CACAGCCCCACUCUGUUUUUCUCAUUGUCACUCUUCUAUUCACUUUUCCUUAUCAACUCUCUAUAAAUAGCGAUGCACCUUCUACCUUUCAGAUUCCCCCCACCACUUUCUCCUUAUCCUCCUUCCUUUUUCUUCACUCUUUUCCAAAGAGUGAUAAUAUAUACUAUACUAUAGUAUUAGUAUUUUAUUUACUAUAGUAAAGCACAUAUUCUAUGGGUCUAUUCUUAAAUAACCAACAUUAUCUUCAACCCAUCUUAUGCUUCUUACUCUUCCUUCUUUUCAAAGGGGUUUCAGUUUCAGGGGCAACAUUUACGUUUCUGAAUAAAUGCGAUUACACAGUAUGGCCAGGAAUUUACGGAAAACCGGAACUUGGAACAACCGGUUUCCAGCUCACAAAAGGAGCAUCCAGAACCUUCCAAGCACCCACCGGUUGGUCCGGUAGAUUCUGGGCAAGAACCGGUUGUCAAUUCGACGACUCCGGCCACGGAACAUGCUCCACCGCGGACUGCGGCUCCGGCGAAAUCUCCUGCAACGGAGCAACAGCUUCGCCGCCAGCAACACUCGCUGAAUUCACACUCGGAACCGGUUCGUUGGAUUUCUACGACGUAAGCCUCGUCGACGGUUACAAUCUCCCGAUGCUGGUAACCACGAGCGGCGGGACAGGCACAUGCGCCGUCACAGGAUGUAGUACGGAUAUCAAUAAGAAGUGUCCAUCGGAAUUGAGAGCCACAAACGGUGGCGCGUGUAAUAGUGCUUGUGGCGCGUUUGGGAAACCGGAGUAUUGUUGUAACGGUGCGUUUAGUAACCCGGACACGUGUAAGCCUUCUGUUUAUUCAGAAAUGUUUAAAUCGGCGUGUCCAAAAUCUUAUAGCUACGCUUAUGAUGAUGCAACUAGCACUUUUACUUGUUCUGGUGCUGAUUAUACAAUCACAUUUUGUCCUUCUUCUACACCUAGUCUAAAGUCAGCAACGGAUUCGGAUUCUAAUAAUACGAAGGAGACGGGUAAUUCGGCUUCGGGGAGUGGCUCGGAGCAAUCGGAACUGGCCUCAGCUUCGUGGCUGGCUUAUAUGGCUACGGCUUCUGAGGCUUCUAUGAGGAGCAGAACCUCAAUGGUUUCUUUGUUGUUGUUGUUGAUUGGUUUUAUUUUUAAUGUUUUUGUGUUUCAUUGAUUUUAGUUUGUAUGCUUAUCUUACUUUUUAAGAGAAUAUAAAUAGAAAUAUACGGUUGGUAAAAUUGUUCAAUUAGUGUGUAGUGUUAAAACAUUGUUGGUUAAAUUGUAUAUAAAGUAAUAAGCAAUUCAAUCAUUUGUUGCAUA